GCAGACGACGAGCUCGCAGGCGGAGCCCGUUUUGCGAGCGGCUCCUCUCCAGAACCACGAGCUGACACCGCCGCGCAGCUGGCUGUGGAUAUUGACGCCACACGAGCGCGUGGUCUCGACCGCAAAAGCAGCAUUACGCACGCCGCUCAAGCAUUACUCGAGUGAAAGCGAAACUUCCUGGCAUCGCGUUGACGCUACUGGGACAACGCAACGCCGAGUGCUUCUAGUUUGCACCACCGCUGCUCUUCCGCUAAUUGUUUCGUCUGCUACGCCUACAUCGCUGCGUUGUGUCGUCUGUUGUGUGGCAGGCGUGAUAGCCGUGAGACCCUGACAUCUACUGCUCGGUUUAAGUGCUGUUUCAUCCGUUUAUCCUUUUGCAUCGCCACCCGUGCUCUUUGGACUAAUCAACUAUCAUCUGAAGUUUAAGGAGCGGCGUAUGCAGAAAAGGCCACCGGACACGGAUGAUGCCUUUCAGUGAAGGAACGCGCAAGAAUUUUAGGUUCGGUGUCCUCCGGUAGUAGCCGAGCGGGCAGUGCGAGCACCAGCGCCGCGAGCAGUCGCCGCUCGAGUGCCACCAGCGUCGCAUCCUUGCGUGCGGAUGCUGUCGACGACGAAGAGACCUCGGAGCGCAGGGCGUCACAGCCGCUGAGAGGCGACGAACGACCCGGUUCGGGACAAAAGGAAGCCGUUGGGCGAGAAGCCGCCAUGACGGGAUUGGGUUUUGUUCGCGUCAAACUGCUCCAGGUGGAGCUGUUGCCCAACAAUGGCCAGAGUGGCGGACACGAGCCUUCGGAGCUGCAGGCGCCGACGCAUCAGCAGCAGACGCCGGUGAGGCACGACAUCGUCGACCCUUUCUGCGUUGUCAACCUCAAGGAGGCCGAGGAGAUUCCGGGCAAAGGAGUCCAGUUAGCGCAGAGCAAGAAGUCUCUCUACCCGGAAUGGAACUCCUGCUUCGACGUCCAGAUUUUCAGAGGUUCUCUGAUGCACAUACUGGUGAUGGAUCGUCCGAACCGGCAUCUGGCCGAUCUGCUGCUAAGCGCCCAAGUGCUGGCCGACAAGUGUCGCGAUGGGGAAGAUGUCGUGAAUGUUUGGCUCAAGCUCCGACCCAGUGGCAAACUCAACGUCCAGGUUCGCCGCUUUCGUGAGGGUGAAGCGACUCCUCUCGAGGAAGAACCGAAGGCGGCUGGAGGCAUCACCCGCCGCCGUGGCGCCAUCAAGCACCAAAAGGUCUUCGAGGUCAAAGGUCACAAGUUCAUCGAGAAGUUCUUCCGGCAACCCACCUUCUGCGCCUUCUGCAAGGAAUUCCUAUGGGGCUUCGGAAAGCAGGGAUACCAAUGCAUCUCCUGCCAAGUGACCGUGCACAAACGAUGCCACGACAAGUUCCUGGCCAAGUGCCCAGGAUCAGUCAAGGAGUCUCAAGCAACGCUGUACCUCCGCGAGAGGUUCAAGAUGGACGUCCCCCAUCGGUUCCGGGUGCACAAUUACAUGAGCCCUACUUUCUGCGACCACUGCGGCUCUCUGCUCUACGGACUCUUCAGGCAGGGGCUCAAGUGCCAACAAUGCAAGGUCAACUGCCACAAAAAAUGCGAGAAACACAUGGCCAACCUGUGCGGGGUCAACCAAAAGCUCCUCUCGGAGGUGCUCGCCACGGUCAAGAAAGAUAUGGCGACCUCUCCGCCAGCAGCGGGGACACCCGGAGGAGGCGGCGGAGGCAAGACCCGCGCGGCUGUUCCCGGAGCUCCGGAAGAAGCAUCGAAGACGCCUGCUUUGCCUGCCUCGCCACGUCGGUCAUCGACCAUCGCGGACCUCUCAGAGGUCCGGCAGCAGCUGUACUACAAGGAACAGGAGCGCAAGGAAGAAGAGAGGAGAGCAGAGGAAGCGGAAGCGACCUCCCGGCCUCCACUUCCGGGCAGCCGUUCGGCGCCGCAGACCCCGACGCAGGAAGAGCGCGUCAAGUUCCGCAAGUACAACCUCACAGACUUCAACCUGCUCAAGGUCCUCGGCAAGGGCAGCUUUGGCAAGGUGCUGCUGGCCGAGCUAAAGGGCACCAAGCGCCACUACGCGGUCAAAUGCCUCAAGAAAGACGUGGUGCUGGAGGACGACGACGUCGAAUGCACGCUCAUCGAGAGGCGAGUGCUGGCCAUGGGCACGCAGCACCCGUUCCUCUGCAACCUAUUCUGUACCUUCCAGUCGCAGAGCCACCUCUUCUUUGUAAUGGAGUUCCUGAAUGGAGGCGAUCUGAUGUUCCACAUCCAACAGUCUGGGAGGUUCGACCAAGACCGAGCAAGGUUCUACGCCGCCGAAAUUGUCUGCGCCCUGAAAUUCCUCCAUAAAAGAGGCAUCGUGUACAGAGACCUGAAGCUGGACAACGUGCUGCUGGACCAGAAGGGCCACGUGAAGAUCGCCGACUUUGGCAUGUGCAAGUGUGGGCUGGCGGACGCCGAGAAGACGUCCACCUUCUGCGGGACUCCGGACUACAUCGCGCCUGAGAUCAUCAAGGGCCAGCACUACAACCAGUCGGACUGGUGGUCGUUCGGCAUCCUGACCUACGAGAUGCUCAUCGGUCAAUCGCCUUUCAACGGCACCGACGAAGACGAACUGUUCUGGUCCGUGUGCAACGAGGAGGCCUACUAUCCGAGGUUCCUCAGCCGCGAGGCCAAGUCGCUCCUGGUCCUGCUGCUGGACAAGAACGCCGAUACGCGACUGGGCAUGCCCGGCUGUCCGGCGGGUGACGUGUGCGACCAGCCCUUCUUCCGCAACAUCCAGUGGGAAAAGCUCGAGAAGAAAGAGAUCGAGCCUCCGUUCAAGCCAAAACUGAAGAACACAGCUGAUGUGAGCAACUUCGACAGCGACUUCACCAUGGAGAAGCCCGUACUGACGCCCAUCGACCCGCAGAUCUUGGCCUCCAUGGACCAGGAGCAGUUCAAGGGCUUCAGCUACACAAACCCAGCCAUGACCGAUUGAGGGAAGCAGUGCUACGGAGGCAAAUCGCGCGAGAAGAAAUGUACUGGGUGUCUCGAUGCACGUGUGCAUCCAGGCGCCCUAACGACAGAAAGCAACUGUGAUAUGCGGCACAGCCUGCUCUAUUUGUUUUUUUUACGCGCUGGCACCGCGUACGUGUGAGUGUACAGUUGACAGGCAGAGCUUUUCUAACAAGGCCUGCUUGCGGCAUGCAACGCUGCCGAGCUGCACAGGAAAUACCUAAAUGAAGCUCAUUCGUAGCUAUGAAGCUCAUCAUCAUCAUCCCGAAAUAUUUUACUUGUGACCGAUCUUGAUGCACAGUUAGUAUUCGAAGCACAUAACGACACGUGAGAACACAGCGACGUUCGUGCUCGGACUUUUCUCCGGAGGUAUGUACAGCCACACGAGUGCACUCUCACUUCAUCACAGCCAAUAAAAAUUUACUGUCACACAAAAAUCACUGACCGCAGGACUUUUAAAUAGUGUUUACAUAGCUCAGCAUGAAACGAAACACGCAUGCUGGGCAUGGCAGAGUGCCACCACGCUAUCUAUUCACAAAGGUGAUCGUAUGUGCACAUCAGGUUAAAACCACAAAAUGUCUGCUCACGUUGACACCAAGUGUGCCCCCCGCAGUAAAGCUAACUGUCCUUCUUUGUCACAUCUCAAACAGUGACACUGAAGCACCCGAAUUAGGUAAAUUUUUAUCAUUCGACUACCUUUGCGGAGCUGUAAAUUAUUUGUAACAAGUGGGGUUGUACCAAUCAACACAGUUCUUGCUUUCCAGUGCAUCUAGGUGCCACAACCAUUGGUAACAUACCAUGGUUGCUAUGGAGUAGGGUGUCUGUGUUAAAGAAAGCAAAGGCACUCACGCCAUUUGCCCAUGUAACGUGAUGCAUUAUAACCGUUGGCGUCACUACCUGAAGGCAACGGUUUUUAUUAAAUUACGUUAUUCACGAAAACAAACGACAGUUACGCUACAGCAGGCAGGGUAUCUGUACAACGGCUACAAAAAUGAUUUGCUUUAAACUGCUACGGAAGCAAUAGUUAGUAAAUGUUUACGUGUAAUAUUGCAACUGCCUUAAUAGGACCAAUAACCAAGUUAGCAAGCUUAUAAAUACGACAUAUUACAGCACAAAUCCUGCAACUUUUCCGGUGAUGACACGCAUAUACAUCUGAAGCUCUAUGUGCAUUGAAAAUACUUGCAUCUUGCACAUUUUGUGCUGUGUCGCAAUAUGAAGGAGUCACUGUGGGUGAAAUGUAAUCAAGGCCUGUCAGCAUGAGUAAUAAAGAGCCAAUUAAUAUGAGUUACUUGGUCAAAAUAAUUGUUCUAUAUCGACUAGUGCACAAAUAGCACAAGGGCAAACCAAAUAGUCCAUUAUAUUAUACAAACAGUCUGUUGCAGAUGAAGUCAAGGUGUCUGUUGUGCUGUCCUUGUGCUGUUCGUGUGCGGGUAGGAUAAAAUAAACCGAGCCCAAACUUAACCUUCAAGUUCUUUUAUUGUCUCAAAGAGCACACUACUGAGCUUUCAUUCGGUCUGCAAAGCACAAACUGCCGAGCAGGCACAAAUUCAUGAAGCAUUUUUAAUGGCGGAAUUGUUUUUAAGGAGAAUAUGUUAUUAUUAUUAUCUGGGAUUUGCCCGAUUUUUUAUCACACGUCAAGUACCUUUUUUCUGUUUCUUUCUGAGAUUCUUUUUCUACAUGCACUGCACAGAAUUUACGACAGGCCCAACGUAUUUCUUACUGUCUCUACUUGGCUACUGUAGACGGUCAGAGGCACAAUCUCCUCUUACAGUAUACCGUACCACAAAGUUUCCACCAAAGUAAAUGUCGUUCGCAUGAGAACAAGGUGCUGUAUUACAUAACUGCCUUUCAAACAAAAAACUCAGAACACUAAAGGUCACUUCAGCUAUAUACAGUAAUGAAGGAGGUCAGUAUUCGAGGUCAGUAGUCGUCAGUGAGCGAUCACAGGUCAGCGCUUGAUGUCGACACCUUAAGGCACUGAGAGCCUCAUGGUAAACAUACAGAGCCGGCCGCAGUCGGCUGUGUCCUUGAGAGUCUGUCAAACCGCCUUUGUCACGGUGCCCCAGCGCAUGCGCCAUUUAUUUAGCUUAAAAGGUUGCGAAACGUCUCUUCAUCUCGAAGGCUUUCCUUCUGGCGAUACCGGUUGUCGCGGCCCCUGCCAAAACCCUGCCAAAAUGGCUGAGGGCAACACAAGAAAAUGGAGGAGGCGGAUUGCUUCGGCAGUUCUUACAUAUGUUGAGGCUUCUUCACGCCGGAUAUUUUUCAUAAUAAUGGUGAUAUUUCACCGCUACAGGUCGCUGACGAUGUCAUCAUUAAAGCAUUCCUAAAUUUUUGUGUAUAUUUGAAAUAAAUAGAUCCUUGUUCUUCAGUAGCUUUUGGUCACGAGAGAUCUGCAAUAUAUGUUGGUUAAGCGGGUUCAACAAAGAGAGACGGAUGUGUUGCAACAUUUGACAGCGGUGCCUUUUGACGCAACUAAAGGAAGGUGUCAGCACCACAGAUUGAGUCAGUUUCACAAGAGCGUAGAAUCUGAUAGUUGUUCGCAAGUGCUUUGGCCAAUGUGUGACACUAAUUUGUAGCUUUGCGCGUUUAAAUGCAUUUAUAACUAAGCAUUAAAGUUUCCUCCUCCGCAUGUUGCUAGCAUGCUGGAUGCAUUUUCUUUUCGUCACGUUUUGAGCUUACAAAACGUAGACAUCAUCAUCUCAUUAGGGUUUUGUACACAAAGUUCACGGAUGGCAUUCAUGAAAAGAGUGCAUUGCGCCGCUGUUAUAAUGCGAGAGCUUCGCAAGCUGCUUUGCAAGUUAGUGUGGAUAAAACUUGCGGGCAUGGCAUCGAGUGAUGGUUGAAUAUCGUGCUUUAUUUAAUUUUACCUACUGCAUCAACCCACACUAUUCAUUCUCCAGCUUCAGUCAAGCUAGCUGCUUCAUCACAUGUAAUGUUCAGUAUUAUAGCAGCACACCUUGGCCACGGCGAUGUCAGCUGACCUCACAAUUCAUGUGGGCAAUGCAUUUAGUGUAAAUCAGACUCUCAUUUCUGAAUGGCAGCCUCGGCAAGAAGAAUGGCAGAACCGCUUCGUUGUAAACAAAUUCACAUCUUCUUGUCAAUAAUAAA